AUGACUGUUGUGGAAUGGAUUGACUAUGAAACACUUGCCUUUCUGUUUGGAAUGAUGAUACUGGUGGCAAUAUUCUCUGAGACUGGUUUCUUUGAUUACUGUGCAGUGAAGGCGUAUAAGUUAUCGCGAGGAAGAGUGUGGCCCAUGAUUAUCAUUCUGUGCCUAAUUGCAGCCGUUCUGUCAGCCUUUCUCGACAACGUAACAACUAUGAUGCUUUUCACCCCUGUUACAAUCAGGUUAUGUGAAGUGCUUAAUUUGGACCCCAGGCAUGUCCUGAUUGCUGAGGUAAUCUUCACCAACAUCGGAGGAGCUGCCACUGCUGUUGGAGAUCCUCCCAAUGUUAUCAUCGUAUCCAACCAGGAUCUGCGUAAAAAAGGGAUUGACUUUGCGGCCUUUACGGGUUACAUGUUCCUGGGAAUCUGUCUGGUGCUGCUGACCUCAUUUCCUUUUUUGAGAAUGCUGUUCUGGAAUAAGAAACUUUACAACAAGGAAUCCAGCGAAAUCGUGGAACUGAAGCAUGAGAUUCUGGUGUGGAGGCAGACAGCCCAUCGCAUUAACCCUGCCAGCCGAGAGGAGACUGCCGUCAAGUGUCUUCUCAUGCAGAAGGUGCUCAAUCUGGAAAGCCUCCUGCGCAAGAAGCUCAAGACCUUCCAGAGGCAAAUAUCUCAGGAAGACAAAAACUGGGAACACAAUAUUCAAGAGCUGCAGAAAAAGCACAGAAUAACUGAUAAAAUCCUCCUGGUCAAGUGUCUGACUGUCCUUGGUGUGGUCAUCUUUAUGUUCUUCCUGAACUCCUUUGUUCCUGCCAUACAUCUGGAUCUGGGUUGGAUCGCUAUCUUGGGGGCUCUGUGGUUACUGGUGCUGGCUGACAUUCAGGACUUCGAGAUCAUACUUCACAGAGUGGAAUGGGCCACCCUGUUGUUCUUUGCUGCUCUGUUUGUGCUUAUGGAGGCCCUAGCCCAGCUGCAGCUCAUCGACUACAUCGGGGAGCAGACAGCAGUGUUGAUAAAAGCAGUACCAGAGGAUGAGCGGUUGGCCAUCGCCAUCAUUUUGGUCAUGUGGGUCUCAGCACUGGCCUCCUCUCUUAUAGACAACAUUCCCUUCACUGCCACUAUGAUUCCUGUGCUUAUAAACCUUAGUCAAGAUGCUGAUGUCAACCUACCAGUCAAACCUCUAAUUUUUGCAUUGGCAAUGGGAGCUUGCCUUGGAGGAAAUGGGACACUGAUUGGAGCAUCUGCAAAUGUGGUGUGUGCUGGGAUUGCUGAACAGCAUGGCUAUGGAUUUUCCUUCAUGGAGUUCUUCAGGUAUUUGUGUUGGGCACAAAUUUAUUUUUCCACACCUUUUAUUACAAAAUAG